GAGGUUUCAGAGGUUGGUAUAAUUAGGCACAAUGGGCAUUUUGGGCCCGUUUUCGAUGUCACAACCAAACAGCAGGCCAAGAGCGCAGGUUCAGCGCCGUUCCACACACACGGAAGAGGAGGGAAGUCGCGCCACUCGAUAACCAGCUCGGCAGCACGCAGCGCACAGCUCCGAAUUCCGUUUGAUCCCAGCGAAUACAAGCGUGUUUGCUACCACUCAAUCACUUUAUUAAGAACCAUCGACAAUGGGGAGGCGCUGGCAGCUCCGUGACAAGGAGAACUUCAUCAACUAUGUGAAGAUCGAGCUACAGCUUCUGGCUAAGGAGUGGAAGAUCAUCCUUCCGUGUGUGUUCAUGCAGUACGCCCACGCUAUCUUCCACAACCUGGCGUACUACAUCCAGGCCCACUACCUCUCAACGGAGCAGCGCUUCACGCUCCACGAUUUGGGCUACGAGCUCAUGGGAGAGUUGACGGGCUGGGCCUCAGACCUCUCGGACAUCCUCGUGUUCGCCACGAUCUUCGCUCCAGCCAUCGCCCUGGUGCUGACGAUCCCGCUCUUCCGACAGGAGCCCGGCCGUCCGCGGUACCUUGUGAUCACACUCAAGCGCUGUCUAUUGCAGCUCAGUAUCUGUCUGGUUUUCCGCUGCAUUUCCUUCCUCGUGACGGCUCUGCCGGGCCCUGCUGACCACUGCGAACUCAAGUUUAACGACACGUGCUUGGCAGCCAACCCGGACGACCCGGUGCCCUGCGUCGUCCCCAACCCCGAGUUCAACCCGCCCAGUAUUGGCGAGUUGUUCACGCGUCUGGACUCGCUUAAUGGCUGUGGAGACUUGAUGUUCAGCUCCCACACGAUCUACACGGUGUCGUUCAUCUUGACGGUGUGGAAGUACUGGCCUAACAAGUACGGAAUCAGCAUCAUGGUUCUCGUGCAGAUUACCAUCGCGUUCCUCAUUGUGGCCUCGCGUAAGCACUACACGCUUGACGUGUUCUCUGCGCUGUACAUUGUGCCGCUCUUCUGGCUCGCACUGGAGGCGUACCACAAGGACAUUAACAACAAGGACACGGAGGUCACGGUCAAGACCAUCUACGACUUUUACGGCAUCGACGUCUCGAGCGACGCUAACGACGGCGCUGUGCCGCUCAACACGACGGAUGUUGUACCGCCACAAGCUGCUCCGCUUAAUUCGGUGCAAGUGGCCCUGACCGAGGAUGAAAGCCUGAGUGGUGAGCGGUCGGACCCCGACACUAGCUUCCAGCGCAAGAACUCCGUGUAAGAGUUAGAUGGAAUACUUCAUUUGGACAUCAACUAGGGACGCAUGAUCGGCCUGAGUAUACUUCUUUUCUCUCGCAAAAUUUGGGUUGUAUCAAAUAACUUGUAACGUAACUUGUAACUCGUGUGCAAUAUUCUACAACUUGCCUUGGGAAGGAAACAUCUCCAAAGCUGUCAGAAGUGAACAUUAUGAGCUGCUCAUUCAAUCGCUUAAAGAAAACAGAGAUCUUUCCCGGCAUGCAAGGUUGUCCAUGUUUGUUACCACGGAAAUCGAUAACGACAAAGUCUAUCACGCCGAGUGCAGCAUACUUCCCGUUUGGAGCGAAUCGUGCAGUAUGUUCACUGAUCGUGUCACCAUUGACGAGCAGUUCGAUACCCCAUUGAAGGUUUCCACUCAAAUAGAAGCUAAUCUUUUAAUGAUCACCAAGGCUGGAUGAAGCAGGGAUCGUGUCAAUUCGUAGCAAAGUUCGCUGUCGUUGAAAGAGCUAAAAUAUUCAAGCUUUCAGGAAGUUCGCUUUACCGAGAGCAAGUGCAGAUGCUGACAUGCUCCUGAUCAUAGCCCUGUCGAGAUCAAAUAGCGACCCUGGAUCCUGCACUCCACGUCUUGGAAUUAAAUACUUGCUGCAAUUUUUCUCUGAUAAGGGUGACGUGAACGUAACAGGGACAUUUGUCGAAGCUGAGUGAGCAUGUCAUCCUUCUGCAUGUUUGAAAAGCAACGUUGCUUUUCAAUACUUUCGCCAGUAAAGGAAGCCAUCCGGUCAGUAUCUCGCAACAAGCACCAUUGGAAAUGCCUCCAGGGGGG